AGCGCUCGGCUGUGACUGUUGCCCGGCAACAGACAGGCCUAGCUCUCUGGCGCGGGAUAGUAUGCUAGUCCAUGGGGUCGCGGUGUCUUCCGCCGCUCCUGCUGGUGCUCCUAAACUGCUGCACCUCUUCGAGCACCCAGGUCGUUGCCACCCCGGCUGCGGCCACCCCGGUGGUGACGAAUGAGGAUCUCAACUUCACCGAGGCCACCCCGGUGGUGACGAAUGAGGAUCUCAACUUCACCGAGGCCACCCCGGUGGUGACGAAUGAGGAUCUCAACUUCACCGAGGCCACCCCGGUGGUGACGAAUGAGGAUCUCAACUUCACCGAGGCCACCCCCGCCACUCUCAGACCCUCCUGGUCUCCUAGGACCCCGGGAACUCCCAGGCCACCGGAGCUCUCUGGCCCCAGGCCCACCCCGGUCACGGACGUUGCUGCUCUGUGUGUCUGCGACCUGCUUCCUGCACAGUGUGAUAUCAACUGCUGUUGUGACCCUGACUGCAGCCCUGGGGAUUUCAGCGUCUUCUCUGCCUGCUCCAUCCCAGUUGUCACGGGUGAUCGGCAGUUUUGUAGUCAGAAGGCAGCCUUCUACUCAAUGAAUUUGACAGCAGACCCACCUCACCGCGACUUUAAACUCAUUGACCAGAUCAACCCUUCCAUCUUCUGUAUUCAUAUUUCAAACUACAAGCCGGCGCUGUCUUUUGCCAAUCCGGAAGUGCCAGAUGAAAACAAUUUUGAUAGACUGAUGGGAGCAUCAGGUGGCUUUACACUGAGUGCCGAGUCAGGAGUUCCUUCCACAGCCACCUCAGAUGACCCACAGCCCACUAAAUAUGAGUAUGGAGCCCUUCUGCAGACCGCAGGUGAAUCUUCAGGGUCAUUUCUGAAACUGCCUUCACCUCUCACUUCAUCUCUGUGUGCAGAUGAGAACCCUGCAGCAUUCCUGGUGAACCAGGCCUUCGAAUGCAGCCGAAGGGUGGCCAUAGAAGAGUGUGAAAGAAUGGAAGCUCUCAGCAUGGCUCACUACAGCAGCCCUGCCAUUCUGAGGGUGCCUAAUUCAACGACACAGGUCUCCAUCAAGAUCCAGUCUAUAAUGUAUCGGUCUCUGAAUCACACACUGACCCAGUUAGAAGGCCGUGGUAUCCUGCGGCCAUCUCUGGUCAGCACUGGGCAAGACAGACUCUGCAGCAACGUUGUUCUCCAGGUAAAGUACAGUCUGCUAUACACAGCCAGCGGCCAGAUCCAGGAAGCCGGCCUCUCCCUCGUGCUGGGGACGCUCAUCAGCACCGUGAGUCUCCUGCAGCAGAAGUUUGAGAUUCACUUUAUUCAGCAUGGCACCAAGCCUGUUCCUCUCAGUGGCAACCCUGGUUACAGAGUGGGACUCCCGCUGGCCGCUGGCUUUCAGCCUCAGAAGGGGUCUGGGAUUAUUCAGACAACGAACAGACAAGGCCAGCUUACUAUUCUUCGUAGCACAGGCAAGCAGGACUGCCUGGCCAGCCACGGGCAGCGGGCUCCUGUGCUGUUUGGCUACAAUGUGCAGUCUGGCUGUCAGCUCAGGUUGACAGGCACCAUCCCAUGCGGGCUUCUGGCACAGAAGAUGCAGGAUCUGCUGAGAGGCCAGGCCUUCCCUGACUACGUGGCUGCGUUUGGGAACUCACGAGCCCAGGAUGUGCAGGACUGGGUGCCUGUGCACUUUGUCACCCACUCCUCCAACACGAAGGGCUCUUGCCAGCUUCCUGUGGCUUUGGGUAUAGAAGUAAAAUGGACUAAGUAUGGGUCCCUGCUGAACCCCCAGGCCAGGAUAGUAAAUGUCACUGCCCAGCUCAUCUCAAUUCCAGAGCCCCUCCCAGGGCCUGAGAGGACCAUGGUCAUUUCCACUGCAGUGACAUUUGUGGAUGUGUCAGCCCCUGCAGAGGCAGGCUUCCGAGCCCCACCCACCAUCAAUGCCAGGCUGCCCUUCAGCUUCUUCUUCCCAUUUGUAUGAUGAGGUGGCCCCCACACGGGUGAGUACCCAUCAUGAGGGCUUCCCUUUGGCAGCAGUGGGCACCUGGGCCCCAAGCUCAGGAGGACAGGAACCUCGCUGCCACUUCCCUUAAAGCAGCCCUCUGCCCUGUCCACUGCCUUCUCCCUCUCAGAAGCUUUGCUCUGCUGGGCAUUGGGUCAGAUGGUCCAGCACACACAGGUCAAAGGCGGAGUCACCUCUGGGAGACAGGAGGGAGCAAGCCUGAUGCAGCAGUGCGUGGGACGCCUCCUCGGUGCAUCAUUCCUGGUCUAGUGGGAGCUGACUUUAGAACGCCCGUCAGCAUCUGAAGUACAGACCUGCAAGAGGCUGUGUAAAACCAUGUGCCCCAAGGGAGUUGUACCCCAAGAGCAUGCUAAUUGCAGGGCAGUCUUGGGGCCCUGCCGUGAGCUGGCUGGAUAACUGGUGGGCUGGUGUGGGCUGCCACUGAGGAGAAUGUGGUAGGCGAGCCCUGGGGAAGGAGAGCCUAUUAUACAUUAAUUGUACAGUAACUGAAAGAUGCUGGUGGGUGCAGAGCCAGUUCGAAGCUGACGGUACAGCCGGAUGCUGCAGUGGGGCUGGGUACCAUGAUGGCUCCCCAGGGACUGCAGCAGGAGAAGCUGUGGACCGUCUAGUAAAGAAAGGGUUUGCAGGAUGGGCUGGCACAGGGCACAGGCUCCAGCCCCAUCCCAGAUGUGUGUCAAGUUGGUUUGCAAGUCCAGCUUUCUCCAUUUCCAAGCAACAGAGUCCAGCUUGAGAAAAGGUUGUUAUGAUUCCUUUGCUGCAGGCGUAGGGCAUGGACACGGAGGAGACAGCUGUGGCCAUGAAGAUUUGUCCCCAGCAUCCAGGAGUGCAAGCCAAGGCAGAGAUGGGUGGGGACUGGACCUCAAACCACACAGUUGCUCUCUGGACACAGCCCAGCUCUGGAUGGAGCUUCUGGAAGGCUUAGUUCACGUUCACGUCCUCAAGAAGUCCGUUCUGUCUCAACAGCUUGCUCAGUCGCUCAAUUUCUUGUUCCUAUUGUAAAAGCAAACGCACACAGGGUGAUGACCUUCUGAGCUACAUUUCCCCCAGGCCCAGGGCUGCAGAUAGCUAGAAGCUACAGUCUGUGGCAUUCUGGCUGCUGAAGGAAACCCCUUUCAGGAAGGGCCCUGGGCAGUGAUAGCAGGAGCAAGAUGCCCAGAGGAGGGACUGGACCUGGCUCUUGAAGCCCAUACUGAAGCUGAAAAGACCAAGAAGAGGGAGCUACAUGUCAGCAUGGGCUGGAGGGGACCGCAGUGGAACCACUUGUCUCACCUUCUCGGAGCAGCUGAAUUCCAGAUGCUGGAUCUUGGUGGCCAGUUGGAGGUUUAUCUGCUUUAACCGUAAGAUCUGCCGUUCAGAGCGUGUCUUCACUGAGAUGAUGAUACCUAGAAGGGAGAGGAGGGUUUUGGUGAUGCAACAACUUCAUUGUAAACGUGUGAGAGAGGGGUAGGGGGAUGGGGUGCAUGUGCACCACAGAGUCUGUGGACGUCAAAGGACAAGACCUGGGAAGUCUGUCUUUCCUGUCACCAUGUGUGUCCUAUGGCUAAACUCAGGUCACCAAGCCUAGUGGCAAGAGUCAGCCCCACAACUUGUGCUGACUCACACAUAGAGUUGGGCAUGUAGACAACUGUCACUGGGCAGCCUCGGUGAGAAAGACAAGGCGGUUAUUUCUGAGCUCAGAGUAAGCAGCUAGGCAGUAUUUCCCUAUGGCCUGCAUGGGUGCUGAGUCUCUACAAGCUAGCUGUGUUCCCGUUCCCCAAGGACAUUUGUCCCUAGCAGUAAGAGAAAGCUGCUUGUCUUCCCUGGUCAGAGUCCAUCCAGAGUGUGGAGAUAAAAGGCAGGAGUUAAGGCAGGGACUCCCUGCCGUAGGCCAGCCCUGACUGGCUGACACCUGGCCUGCUGGCUUGGGGAAGCCUUGCACGGCUCCAGAGACCCAGCUCCUGCCCCACUAGCAGUGCUGCCCCUCAUGCAGACCCAGAGAGGCCCAGGCGUGCACCCGAGUUACCUGACCCAGCUGCAGUGGGAGGCUUCCACCCAUCUCAGCCAAGGCACCCCUGUCAGGGAGCCUACUCUGUGGCUGCACUAUGUGAUAAAUGUAAUAAAUCUUUAUGUCUGCCUUUUGAUAAAUUCAUUAAAACCUUUUUUUUUAA